AUGGCCUUGAAGCUGAGGGGAUAUGACCAGCUGAAAGCUGACGUGGUUCCGAAGACAGCAGAAAACUUUAGAGCUCUUUGUACUGGUGAAAAAGGAUUUGGGUAUAAAGGAUCCACUUUUCAUCGAGUGAUUCCUUCGUUUAUGUGCCAGGGUGGUGACUUUACAAAUCAUAAUGGAACUGGUGGAAAAUCCAUUUAUGGCAGUAGAUUUCCAGAUGAAAAUUUCAUACUUAAACAUGUAGGACCAGGUGUUCUUUCAAUGGCCAAUGCAGGACCCAAUACAAACGGAUCUCAGUUCUUCAUUUGCACUGCAAAAACUGACUGGCUAGAUGGAAAGCAUGUUGUUUUUGGGCAUGUAAAGGAAGGAAUGGAUGUCGUGAAAAAAAUUGAGAGCUUUGGUUCCAAAAGUGGAAAGACCUCCAAAAAGAUUGUCAUUACUGACUGUGGCCAGCUGUCCUAGCCUUUUGCCCUACCGUUCAGGAUGACUUCAAAGCUGUGAAAAGUGAAUCAUAAAAAACCCCAAACAUUUCUGAUCCCAUGAGUAGCACCUAUAGAACUAUAUUUUCUAUUUAACUUGGUCCAACUUUUGUAGUUACAUCAAAUAAUAUUUAUUAAAAUAAUAAAACAAUAACUGAAGCAUGUUUUAACUGAGCUGUGUUGGUAGUUACACUGUCACACUGAUUUGG